CCAGGACAGCCACUGCUGCAUCACACAACUCGCUGUCUAACAUGGAGAGAGAGAGAAUUCAUGUCUAUAUAUGGUGAAAGAAAAGCCUAGGUAAGGCUGUAAACUUUUAUUUCUGAACAAAUCUCAAUCAUGUUUUUGCUUUAAUUAUCGGUUUCGGUUCCAAGGAAAAACAAGGGAGGACCAUUUCUGAGUAACAAAAGCUGCAAUUUGUGCACCAAAAAGGGUCCCGAAUUUGGGAUAACCACCACCCCCCCUCACAAGCAAAUUACCAUUAUUUCCUUUUCCUUAUCCUAAAGUAAGACAAAUAAUAUGCUUUUUCUCUGUCCUUUUCUAGUUGGAAUCUUGACAACAUUAGUUUUCACUUUUGCUUCAAGAAAAUCAACUAGAACCCAAUAGAGAAGAAAACACACUAGUCCUCUACUUUUUUUUCUUUCUUUGCAGUUACUUAAUUCCCCUCUUCUUUUUUCCCACCUCAACUCUUAUUUAGUAGCAUCAUAACCCCAUAAUAGUAACAAUCCAUACCCCAUUUCAGGUUCUGUGAAUAGGGUUUUGAAAUUUGUUGGGGGUUCUGAACAAAGCAGCUAGCAGCAAUGGCGAAUUUUUAUCGCCGCUUUCUACACACACAGCCUGGUGCGCCGCCUAUGAACGGGAACAAAACCUCUGACUCCUACCUUACCCAGACCAAUUUUGACACCAACAUGGUGAUUAUCUUGGCAGCUUUGUUAUGUGCACUGAUAUGUGCACUUGGGUUGAACUCAAUUGUGCGGUGUGCACUACGUUGUGGCCGUAGGUUUGCCCUGGAGACUCCAGAACAAGCCAGGGCACGACUAGCCAGGACUGGCCUAAAGAAGCAGGCUUUGCGUCAGAUUCCGGUGGCGGUUUACGGAUCAGGCAUGGAGAUUCCCGCCACCGAGUGCCCAAUUUGCCUAGGAGACUUUGUGGAUGGGGAGAAGGUUAGGGUGCUGCCAAAAUGUAAUCACGGGUUCCAUGUGAGGUGCAUAGACACAUGGCUCAUGUCACACUCUUCGUGCCCAAAUUGCCGUCACUCUGUGCUCGAACAGACAACCACUUCACAUGGAGUUGGUGAAGCUGCUGCAGCUCAGCCACCGGAGGACAGGGCGGCCCGGCAAGGUAGCGUGGCGGUAGUGGUUGAUGAUGCAAGUUAAUAAUGCCCAGCAAUCAACAUCAAGAAUUUAGCUUGAGGUUUUUUUAGUCACUACUCUGUUCAACUUGGUAGUUGUUGGUAGUAUAUGGGAUGAACAUUGAUGUUUGUUCACAUGUUGUGUUGGAGUUCAAAUUGCAAAAUGCUCUGGGGGUGGUUGUUUUAUAGAAUAGAAGAGGAACAAGAUUUAGUGAUCGUAAGAACAUGUAAUCAGACGUUUUUCACCUAGAGAAAUGAAUCAAUAGAGAUGAAUUUGAGCAAUCUUUUGAAGGUGCAAUUCACCCAAA